GUUAAAUGUGAUCACACAGACUCAGGGACUUCAUAUCAUUGAUCAGAGCUCGUUCACUGAGGUGUGUGAGUGUGUUGAACAUGUGAGCGGCUCUGCCUCGUCUUGUGUUUCUCUGCUUUGUGCAGAGGAGGUUAAUCAUUAGAGUCAGUCUGCUGAAUGUAUCGGGUGGCGGUGAUGUGCUGCUGGAUGUGACCGGGCAGGGGGCGGACUGAGCCGGGACUCUGCCCCCUGACACUCCCCUCAGUCCGCGGAGGACCCCCGUGCGCACGGACCGGACUGAGGAGCGCACGGCUCCGUCAAAGCGCACUUCUCUUCACACAUGUGGUUCUUCUGUGGAUCUGUGGGAGAUGUUUGCAUGGCAGGAGAGCCACUCAUGAACCCCUCAGAGAGCAAGAAUGAAAAUAAGAUGUAGUCCCCACAUCCAUCGAGUGAGACACAGGUGCUUCCUGUUCUCUCUGUCUCUGCUGGCCGUCUGUCUGCUCAAACUUGUCUACAUCAAAGUCACCGUGAGAGACAGCGUCUACAUCGAGCCGUACGGGAUCACCGGCAGCUUCUCCAGAAACCACCACAGGUAUGAGGUCAACUGUACGGCGGUCUACGAGCUGGACCCGGUGGAGAUCGGGAAGGCUCUGGAGAUCAAACGUAAGGUGAUCGUUGAACUGGACGACGAGAGCACGGUGAGUCUGACCGCAGACUGUCAGACGUUCGUCAGAGUCAGAGGUUACGAUGACGUUCCUGUGUCGGACGCAGAGCGGAGCUUCCCAUUGGCUUACUCUCUGGUGGUGCAUAAGAACGCCCCCAUGGUUGAGCGGAUCCUUCACGCCAUCUACGCUCCUCACAACAUCUACUGCAUCCACUACGACCAGAAGUCGUCUCCGGCGUUUGUGAAGGCCGUUAAAAACCUCGCUCGGUGCACGCCCAACGUCUUCAUCGCCUCUAAACUGGAGUCUGUGGAAUACGCACACAUCAGCAGGCUCAACGCUGACCUCAAUUGUCUGUCUGACCUGCUGAGGUCAGAGGUCAAGUGGAGGUAUGUCAUCAACCUGUGUGGUCAGGACUUCCCUCUGAAGUCAAACCACGAGCUGGUGCUGGAGCUGAAGCAGCUGAACGGCAGCAACAUGUUGGAGUCGAGUCGACCCAGCGAGCUGAAGAAACAACGCUUCCGCUUCGCACACGAGCUGAGGAACGUCCCGUACGAGUACAGACGCAUCCCCGUCAAAACCACCACCGCCAAACAGGCUCCGCCCCCCGGGAUCGAGGUGUUCAUCGGGAGCGCGUACUUCGUCCUGUCGAGGGAGUUUGUGGAUCACAUCAGCAGCAGCGCCCAGGUGAGGGACUUCCUCUCCUGGUCUGCUGACACGUACUCACCUGAUGAACACUUCUGGGCCACCCUGGUCCGGGUAUCCGGGGUGCCCGGACACGUUCCCAGGUCUGAGGCGGACAUCACAGACCUGAGGAGCAAAACACGGCUCGUCAAGUGGAACUACUUAGAGGGAAAACUUUACCCAGCAUGCACGGGGACACACAUGAGGAGUGUCUGUAUAUACGGGGCGGCUGAACUCCGCUGGCUGCUCAACUUUGGACACUGGUUCGCAAACAAGUUCGACCCCAAAGUGGACCCGGUCCUGAUUAAGUGUUUGGAGGAGAAGCUGAUGGAGAAACGUGAGAGAGUAAAAACAUGAAGGAGGAGAGGAGAGAGGGAGAGAGGAGGAGGAUAUUUAUUCUGUGAGGAGGUGACGCUAACGUGUACUCUGUUACUUUGGGACUUCAGUCAAUACAGAUUUUAAACUCUUGUUUCAUGAGUGUGUGUGACGUGUGUGAUGUGUGUGAUGUGUGAGAUGGCGUCUGAUUGGUUCCUGAAGCGAGCAGGUCAUCAGAUGUGCGGUCGACUGUCUGAACUCAAUCCAACAUUUAAACACUGAGUUAAAGAUUCAUCAGUGAUAAAGGUUCAUUUCACUGUUUCUGUUUCUACACUUAGAUGCUGGACUUUGAUACUUUCACAGGUUUUGAUCUGGUCUGUGAAGGGAUUUGAUUUCUCUCUUGACCUCUUUAAGAUUAUUUUGAAUUUGUCUUCAACAUCAUCAGUCUUAAACUUUCACUAACAGAUCAUUUCAAGACAUCACCCUAAGAACAAAUGCCAUCCACUGUCACAAACAGCCAGGUCUCAGACACUCGUCUAUCACUGCGAGCAAAAGACCUAUGAUGUUCUUGUGUGUGUGUGUGUGUGUGUGUGUGUGUGUGUGUGUGUGUGUGUGUGUGUGUGUGUGUGUGUAAAAUUAAAGGGAAUUUUCACCAUGUUUUAAAGAGGUUGUCCUCCAUCUUGUCCUUCCUCAGUGCUGACUGAGAAAGCGGAGUUCUCAUGCUGUUGGAGCCAUGACAGCAGUGCCUACAUAUCCCAGGAUGCACUGCAGCUUAAGCCUUUCUGCUGCCAGUCAAACACUGUGUCUUAAAUAAAUACCAAGUCAGCUAUAAA